AUGGACUCCAACGUGCAAACUAAAUUACCGAAUAAACGUCGAAGCAAGUAUAUAAUCGUCGGACUUAUAGCUGUAAUAUGCGUGUUGUGCUUCCAACUUCAUAGAGAAAACAGGGCUAAAAAGGAGCUUAUCGCCCGAAAGUCGUUUCUUAUUGGAAAGCUUUACGAAUGUCGAGUCGCUUCGGAAAAAAUCAACACAAAAUACAAAGACAAACGGACACAAAACGAGAAAUUGACGAAGGAUUUGGCAGCUAUAACAGCAAGCAAUGAAGACAUGUUAAAGAAAUAUGAUGAGUUGCAAACGUCAUACCAUACGAAGACAGACGAGUUGCAACAGUUGCAACAAUCGGCGGUGGGUGAUAAAUUUUGAUAUCACUUAAUAAUUUGUUGUUAUAAAUUGUUGCAAUUUAAUACGAAUGUGAUAUGUUGCACAUUCAAAUGAGUUCUAAAAAUAGUGACAGCGUAUGUAUUAUUUAACAACGGCAAGUAGGCUAGGGAACAGGUGAUGUUGGCACGUUUUAUGGGCCAUCUAGACAAACUUGUGCAAAUAAAAGAUAGUUGUCUUGAUCUGUGUGCUGUGAUAAACACCGCAAACAAAUUGAUCAUCGGUCAAUAUAUGCAACAUUGCAAUUACAUUAAUUAAUGUACUAUGUGCCACUGAGGAAACAGAUUAUGACAUCUGAGUCUUGACAUAUUGGAUCAUUCAAGGGGGAGGGAGAGAAAAAUUUGUUUCUGAUGAUAGUAACAACAUUAGGACAUCUGAAGGGGGUAGGGGUGUUUAAACAUCCAAUUUCCUCUGUGCGAGAGGUAUGUGGAUAUUUUCUGGAAUGGGCCAUUAUGUGUCUGUUUCCUGCAUUUGUGUACGUUUAUGUAUUAUCAGACAAACUAAUUGUACCAGUCAAUUCCAACUGCGAUCAUCCCCCCCCCCCCUGGCGAACCCCUGGGAAUUUGAGUUUUCAAAAACAAUUUGGUCAAAUUCCCCACUGUGCAGGCAAAAACCAUCGUCAAAUUCCCCAGGGUGCAGGCAAAAAUUUAAUGUGUAUAUAUGUGUAUUUGUACUGAAAGAACAUAUCAUUAUAUAAAGAUGCGGUACAGUCCAUAUAUAAACAAAGGCUUUGUUUACAUUUUGGUAUCCAAAAUAUUGAAUUCUAUUCGACAACUAUUUAUAUUUUCAUGAUCCUAGAGUAUAGUAAAUUAUCAAGACACAACAAUCAAGCUUUGCAUGAACAUAAAAUGAAAUAAAAACCUAAAUAAACUGUUUGUAAAUAAAAAGAGGGCUCCUUUGUGUGCAUGCGCAGAUCGGACUGUACCGCAUUUUUAAUCAUCACAAAUGAAUUCUAACAUGAACAAAGGUGAAAGUUUUUAAAAGAUAUGUAAAGAUGCUGUAAAGAUUAUGAUUCUGACCAAUUUUGUGCAGCCACAAACCUAGUCAAAUGCCUGACAGGGCGGGCUCAGAUUCGCGUCAAAUUCCCACCUGUGCGUGAUUAAACUUUGGUCAAAUCCCGGGGGGAUGAUCGCAGUUGGAAUUGACUGGUACAUAACUGUUCUUUGCCCAAGUUGCUCCAGAAUGUACAUUACAUUUCGAAUAAUAAACAUAUUCAACAAUUGACAGAUUUGAUCCAUUGAGCAGCAAUGUGCCAUGUGAUGGCAAUGCUUCCCUGCCGUUUGUCAGACACGAGAUUAUUUUUCCUGUCAACUGUGGCCAUGCAAAUUACUAUUUUGUAAAAUUCAUGUAUUUACCUCCAGGAUGAACGUAAGAAUGAACUGUCCGCAUUAAAAGAGAAUUACGAGAAUGCAAUGUCAUCAGUCACAACCAUGCAAGGCAAGUAGAAUUUUGGUGACUUUCGAAAUACACAAAGGCAGCCUUAGCCAGGCCUUAAAGUUAAAAUAUCAGUCAGUCACAGUCAUUGUCUGACCCCAACCUCUUACCCAGGGCUAGCCACGAGUUGCUGCCUUCAACUCGCGCAGUCUAGCGGCUAGCCCUGGAUAUGUGAAAUUGUCCGACGUAGAGAGGAAACCACCAGUCAUUCUGUCCAACCAAAGUGAAACUGAGGUUUGUUGUUAAUGUCUGACACAAUCAUAUAUUGAUGUGUGACCCAACUGUAGCUUUGUCCAAUGUAAAGCAAAAUGUACCCUAGUCCAGGACUUGAGAGGCUCAUAUGCGAAAUGGAGAAUCAGAGUAAUUAAUGCAUAAAAAGUGAACCGGAAAUGAUGUUUUAAUGUAAUUGAGUGCGGAGUGGCAAGCGAAAUGGCGAAGUGGAAAACUGCCCUAACUUGUUGAAGUCUUAGUUACAGCUGCCAUUAUUGGCAAGCUAGUUAAUUUUGGCUUGGAAAUAAGUAUGAAUGACACAAAUUAUUAUAUCUUCACAACAUUUAGAUCAGAAUUAAUACAUUGUGCAAUGUGCUCAUGAAUAUUAAAAAUAAAUUUACAGUGUCAUUCAGACUUAUUUCCGAGCCAAACUGAAUUGAAGGUCAUUGGACAUCAUCUGAUACAUAUGUCAAACUCAAAAAUCAUCGGACAUUUUGUCAGACAGUCUUGUACAAGAUAUUUUUAAUAAGGCCUGCAAUUAAGGCUUAAUGUCCACACUAAUCCAUUUUUGUAGCAUUUUCGUAAUUGUUGCAGGUCGAUAGACCAUUGUUUUCUAUUCCCUUGUGAACAGAGAAUGUAACCAUGCAAAGAUUGUCUUUUAACAGCUAUAAAAAAGAAUGUCUUUUAUUUUUAACAUUUUUUUAUUCAGGUAAACUUGAUGACACAAUAAAAGUAUGUGAGCAGCAUAAAGAGAACAGUCGAUCAGCAAACAUAACUACUGCACAAAGAACAAGAGAGCUGUAAGUUACAGCUGUUGUUGCACUCAUUAAUGAUUUCAUCUUUCCAAAACCAUUCACAUGUACAAUGUUAUAUUUAAUCAAAUGUUAAUAUUUGUUGCAGAGAAAUUUGCAAGCGAGGAAAGACAGUUUUAGAGCAAGAAAGGGAAGGUAAUUAAUGUAUAAACCAUUCAGCAUGUGGCCACAUAAAAGCUGCAGACGGAUAGGGAUACUACCUGAAAAACAGAAGAACUUCGACAUUUCAAUCGAACUAUCGAAGGCCCUUUGUCCAGGGGCGUUGCUUAGGCCUGUUUUAAUGAGGGGGUGUAAGUGCGUUUUACCAACGAAUAUCUCAACCAGAUGGAAAAAAUUUUCCAGACACUACAUUUUAUUUUCCUAUCUGGAUAACGUACCAUUAUUCCAUAAAUUGUUCCUUUAUUGUUUCGUCAAUUUUCAAAAAUGUCUGCUGUAAUUAAACUUGCAUACCUCAAAAAGUCAAUUCCUUCCUACAAAAACUACUACAAAACUAUUUCCGACUACAAAAUCUAUUUCCUGACUGAUCGAGACUCGAUAAUUUGCCAAAUACUGAGACUCAAUAAUUUCCCAAAUACCUGAGUUCGGAUAUCGAAAGGAUCCAAAGACGGUGUUUAAGAAGGAUAUUUCCUGAAAGCUCUUAUGAAUUAGAGGCGCUCGAAUUAGCCAAUCUAGAAACCUUACGAAACAGAAAAGAAGCAGCAUGUAAAAAACUUUUCCUUCAAGCACACUUGGAUACCAAGCAUAAACUACAUCAGAUGAUCCCAGAGGAAAACGGGUGUACAUAUCCCUUAAGGAAAUGUCAUAAAUUUCUAGUCCCUAAGUUUCGAACAGAGCAUUUUAAGAACUCCUUCAUUAUAUCUAAUAGUAUAAGUGUAAAAAUUCUUAACUUUAUUUCGUGUCAAUUAUAGCCUAUAGUUUUUAUUAUUAAUAAUUGUAAAUAUAGUUAGUUCUUGGCUUACUGUAUUUUGCGAAACGAAACUUUGCGAAACGAAACUUUGCGAAACUGUAUUUUGCGAAACUGUAUUUUGCGAAACUGUAUUUUGCGAAACUGUAUUUUGCGAAACUGUAUUUUGUCAUGAUUCUGCUAGUAGAGUUGGCAAACGUUUGUUUAUAAAGACUAAAUCAUCAAAGACAAAGUGCAGUACGUUGCUUUGAAUGCUUUCACAUGGAACUUUAUACAUGUACAUAUAAAAUGGUGUGGAUUGAUUUUGAAAGAAAAUAUGGCGACACCACCAUAGAGAUUAUAAAUAACACUAGAAGGGGCAUCGUAAUCUUAAUUCAGUCAAAGAAAGGGAACGUGUCUAUUGGGGGGCAAACAAUUAAAAUGCUAAAAUAAGAGAGAGUUUGAGCCAAUAUAUCUAAAUUCUUGUUUAUGGUAGUUAACUGAGUUCUGUUUUCAUUUUUACCAAGCAUUUUUACCACAAUUUUGUUUAUAACACAUUUCAAACAGUGUUCCAAAAUAAUGCUGCGUCAGUAAUUUUGAUAUUUUCAAGAGAAAUUAAUUGUUUGAAUUCAAAAUUUUGGGGGAAUGUUUGUAAUAAUGGCAUGCAAAGCAUAUAAAACACCCAGUUUUGUGACUCUUGUUUUAAAUUUUUCUGGUUUCAAGUGCAACCCAAGAGUUGUGUGGUGUUUAUUCGUGAUUUCAAUCCCCCCCGCCAUUACCGCGCUCUCAAAUUUCACCCUCGAUGCUCCCUCUACCGUUAUUUAUAAUCUCUAUGGACACCACAGUCAUGACGUAUAAAUCAGUGAGCAACAGAAUUCAGAAACAUUUGAUGUAGUUGCAAUUUCGCCAUUUUCACAACAUCAAACGUUUCUGUUGUUCACUGAUCUAUACGUCAUGGCUGUGGUGUCCAUAGAGAUUAUAAAUAACGAUAGAGGGGGAAUCGGGUGAAAUUUGGGAGCGCGGUAAUGGGGGGCAGUGGGGAAAUUGAAAUCACGAAUAAACACCACACAAGUCUUGGGUUGCACUUGAAACCAGAAAAAUUUAAAACAAGAGUCACAAAACUGGGUGUUUUAUAUGCUUUGAAUGUCAUUACAAACAUUCCCCCAAAAUUUUUAAUUCAAACAAUUAAUUUCUCUUGAAAAUAUCAAAAUUACUGACAUCAGCAUUAUUUGGAACACUGUUUGAAAUGUGUUAUAAACAAAAUUGUGGUAAAAAUGCUUGGUAAAAAAACAAAACAGAACUCAGUUAACUACCAUAAACAAGAAUUUAGACAUAUUGGCUCAAACUCUCUCUUAUAUUUUAGCAUUUUAAUUUUUUGACCCCCAAUACUGAAUAGACACGUUCCCUUUCUUUGACUGAAUUAAGAUUACGAUGCCCCCUCUACUCUCUAGUGUUAUUUAUAAUCUGUAUGGUGAUGUCGCUAUAUUUUCUUUCAAAAUCAAUCCACACCAUUUUAUAUGUACAUGUAUAAAGUUCCAUGUGAAAGCAUUCAAAGUAACAUACUGCACUUUGUCUUUGAUUUAUUUUCAGUCUUUAUAAACAAAUGUUUGCCAACUCUACUAGCAGAAUCACGACAAAAUACAGUUUCGCAAAAUACAGUUUCGCAAAAUACAGUUUCGCAAAAUGCAGUUUCGCAAAAUACAGUUUCGCAAAAUACAGUUUCGCAAAAUACAGUUUCGCAAAAUACAGUUUCGCAAAGUUUCGUUUCGCAAAGUUUCGUUUCGCAAAAUACAGUAAGCCUUAGUUCUUUGCAUGAAAUAAUUCAAUUGUAAAUACUUGUAAGCAAUUCAGUUAUACCAAUUGUAAUUUACGAUUUGAUUAAACCUGUUCUAUCUAUCUAUCUACCUGAUGAUUGGGGGUACGUGUUCCAACACCACCCUCCUCUAGCGACGCCUCUACCUUUGUUGGGAACUUAGUAGUGGGGUCAGGAAUAUUUUGAACUUCCCAACAAAGGGCCUUUGCUCAAAAUGUUGAAGUUCUUGUAUAUUUGAGGUUAUCCCUAUCAAUCCAUUAAGCUUUCUUAGAACAAUACUUCAAGAUCAUUACCAUAUCUCCAUUUAUAUGGUUACAAACAAAAUAUUUUGAAUUUCAGAUCUAGUAGCGAGUGAACAAGAUCUCCAAAAGAAAAUUGCAGAAAUGGGACAGGCAAAGAGUGUUAGAAGUGUGGAUGAAAAUGCAGGAGGAUUGCAUGUUCAACAACCACAAGAACAAUUAAAUGUGAAAUCACCCACUGCAGGAAAGGCAAGUCAGCUGCAUGGUUAAGAUGUAGUGACAUAACCAUGCCGGCUUAUUAGGGAUGUGCUGGACACUGCUUUGCCAGAUACUGAAUGGUACCAGAUAGUACUCUACGUCAUCAAAUUCAGAUACUGGAUACUGUACUUGGAAAAUACAUCGAUCACUAACUUUUUGUCAUAAAAUAGUCCAUUGUCUGUUUAGUAUGUCUGGCACAGGAUCAUCAGACAAUAUACAGCAGAGAGCAGUUUACAAAAAACUUAACUGCAAUUUCAUUUCAAUGUGCAACGUCAUGUCCGGUUGACUUACUAGUUGUUUGUGUGGUUAUAUAUAAUAAAAGUUCCAGUAUUAUAUAUUAUAUUUUGCUGGAUAUCGGAUACCAGUAUUAGGAUCAAGCACAUGGAUCCCGUACGUAACAGCUCAUUGUAGAAUACUACAAACAAUGAAUCUCCUUGUUUGAGAUUAUCAACUUCAAUCCAAGAGUUACUAUAAUUGCAAGUGCUACAUGCCUGCAUACAACUUAACAGGCCUACAUUGAAUGUGAUGAGCCCACUAAUAAAAGCAACAUUAUAUACUAUACUUGGUACAGUACAAGUUGACUCACACCACACCAUAAUGCAUUGUAACUUGUCUCACGUUGUGAGGAGUAAAAGAGUGAGAACAAAUGGGCGACCCAUCGCUAAAAUCCACAUUUGAGCUCAAACUCACAGCUAAAUUAUACAAGCUACAGUAACUCGUACCAAGUCUACAACAUUACUAAAACAUAAUGAAUGGAUUUAUUAAGAUACAGUAUAUUAAAUAUUAAUACCAUCAAGAUAAUCAUGUAGUACAUUUAGAACUCUGGGUCUGCCUAAUAUUAAGUUAUUGCAAGAAAGCAAGUUUUAUCCAAUAUAACUGCACUUAAGUUUCGUGAUGACUAAUUUAAUAACCCAUCGAGUGGCAGCACUCUCCACUUGACGAGUAAAAUCGUCUGGCGUUAGACAGAGUAAAAUACUAAAGUAGGGUGCAUUGCCACUUUAAAGGGUUAAACACUAUGGAUAUUUGACUCUAUACAGUAGGUAGAACACAAGACUGGAGAUGGAUAUGUGUGAGGUCGAAAUCCAAGUGAAUUUUUUCAGUUUGGCAUGAGUGCAAAUAAUCAUCUAGCAACUGUUUCCACACUGACAAAAAUAUUUGUUUUUCAUUCAUAGCUAAAAUAUGCAGAAUAUGUUCAUUCACUGUCUAAUCAAAAUUCAGAUCGCCCUGCACAGUCGACACAAGAUCAGACUAGCCGGACAGCGGUACCAAAAACUCCUGUUGAAGAGUUGAUCAGUAGCCAGACACAGACAACACCACCACCAAAAACUCCCACAAAAGAGGUCAUUCAGGUUGCACCAAGUUUGAAACGACCAACAACAAAGCUAACAUUGGGAGCAUCACUUCUGCGAGCCAAAGGCACAACUAGAAAAAACCCUCCUGAAAUUGAUGAUAGUUUAAUCUAA